AUGUUUCCUGCUCCAGGUUCUAGCGCGGGGGGUCAGUCAAUGGAGGCGUCCCUUGACGAGGCAGGACUUCCGCGCAAGACUGUGCUAGCCUGCGUUCAGGCCGUUCUCCAAGAGGGCGGCCUGUCGUCAAGCGCUGAACAGCAGCCUCACAGCGCGCCUUCCGUGAGCUCAAGCCCGUCGCGAGUAGAACAUGCGAUGGUAACAGAGGGGCGACCGCGUGAUGCGAUAACCGUACAGAACGGCGCUCGUGAGCACGUCAAGCGAGAAGCCUCCACAGAGGAAACGCAACUGGGCGCCACGUCUCCUGCGACGCUGCAACUCACAGAGGAAACAGCGUGCUCCAACAUGGACGCUGAGUGCUCGAAGGACGAGAGUUCACCCCAGAAUGGUCCAGAGCCAGCCCUAACGCUACACCCGGACGCACGUGACCUCAUCUGCGCCUGUGCGAACACGUUCGUUCGGUCAAUUGCAGUUGAGGCGAAUAAGGCAAAGGCCAGAGACCAGAAACGGACAAUCUUCUCGAAACAUAUCCUAGCCGCCUUGGAGCAGAUGGGCCUUGAAGCUUACGUCCCAGUAUUGCAGCCACUGCUGGAACGUGUGGAGGAUGAGCAGGUGGAACGCCAACGGCGAAAAACUGGUCGUGCUCGCUUUGAACACACAGGUUUGAGCAUAGAGGAGCUCAAAAGACAACAAGCGGAACUACUAGCUGCUGCUCGAGAGCAAGCUCUGUGGCCUUGA